CUUUGUUCUUUGACACUUCUAUCACAUUGGAACAUGUAGUUUCUCACAUAUAUACACCAAACAAUGCAUAAUAUAUACAUGUAUAUAUAGGAUAGUGUACUACAUACAGGUCAGUUAAUUUUUUGAACAUGAGACGGAUUAAACUUGGUACAAGAAUUGUGGAUUAUCCCUCGGAUGAUCUCAAGCAGUUGGAAGAUUCUAAUCAUUUAUUGGAUAAUGUUGAAGCAUUGAAAGCAGAACUCCAAUCAAAAGGGUAUAUCUACAUAAAAGGUCUCCACGACAGACAGGAAGUGUUGGACGCACGAUUGGCAGUGCUUGACUAUAUUCGUAAUCUGGGGGAGGGUAAACUAAAGGAAGGAACAGCCUGGGAGCAAGGGGUCCUUGAUGAGAGAUGUGGGUUUGGGUGUGUACCGUACAUGGAAGGAAGGAAUGACGUUACUCACAGUGAGGCUGUAUCAAAGGUCAUCGAAGGUCAUCGACCAUUCGAAUUCUUCAAGAAGCUGUUCGGGGAAGAUGCUAAAACAUUUGACUUCAAAUGGCUGAGAGGAAUACACAGAGAGGCAUUUAGCGGGGCCCACGUGGACAAUGUUUACAUGAGUCGGGGAACAGACCAACUCUACACCAUGUGGACCCCCUUAGGGGAUGUAGACAUAGAGAUGGGAACACUGGCCAUGUGUGAAGGCUCUAAUCACUUACCAGGGUACAGUCACUUCCAGGAUACGUAUGGCAACUGUGAUAUAGAAAAUAUAGGACUUGAAGGUACUGGUUGGUUCACGACGGACCCCUUUGAGAUUAGCAAACAGUUUGGGGGACAGUGGAAGACAACAGACUUCAAAGCUGGGGACGCGAUUAUAUUCACCAUGAGGACUGUCCACAUGUCGUCAGUUAACAGCACAGAGAAGCUCAGAAUUAGCUGUGACACAAGGUGGCAGCCAGCUAGUCAGAGCGCAGACCCUAGAUAUGUUGGUAACGAGUUCCACUUGAAGGGAGCCUUUGGCCUGGCAGGCAUAGACGAGGGACGCAAUAAGAAAAAUGUUCCAACUAUUGACAUAUUGAAAAAACAAUGGGGCUUUCCCUUGGCUAUGGCUUAGGUUUGGCCGAGGGCCUGUAGAAAGACAAACUCAAAGGGAAGUGUCAACACGAGACGAGCAAAUAAACAUCUGAUAUUGACGAAAAUGAGAUCCUGCAUUUUUAUAACUUAUUCCAUAAUUAUUGGUAUUAUAGCCUAAAAAUGACAUAAAGAAAUUGACAUAAAGAUAUAAGCAUGUGGAUCUACAUUACCUUGAAAAAUUUUGAAGGCAAGAAACUGCCUCAUGGAACUGACUCGAGAAUUAGACAGAAAGAUUGUAGUUCUAAAGAAAGAUGGCAGCGUAAUCGCUGUAGUUACAAUUUAUACAUCAUCUCUACAAAUACAUUCAAUCUUUUUCAAUAUAAAAACGGUAAAAUGCUCCAGUGCUUAUACUUCCAAAUACGCGCAAUAAACAUCAAAUGUGCAAGUUCUAUAUAC